AUGCCUGCGCUACGAAGCACCGUAGAACGCCUCGACAAGCCGUCUUCAUAUGCCACAUCCAAAAAGCGCCGUCGCGACCGCCGCGACCACCGCGACCAGUCCCCCUCGCAGCGCUCGCCCUCGCCCGAAGACAAACUGCGCGACGCGACCACGCUGUACGUUGGAAACCUCUCCUUCUACACAACCGAAGAGCAGAUCCACGAGCUCUUUUCAAAAUGCGGCGAAAUCAAGCGGCUGGUGAUGGGGCUUGACCGCUUCCAAAAGACACCCUGUGGCUUCUGCUUUGUCGAGUACUACACGCACCAGGAUGCGCUGGACUGCAUGAAGUAUAUUGGGGGUACCAAGCUGGAUGAGCGGAUCAUCAGGACGGAUUUGGAUGAGGGGUUUGCAGAGGGGAGGCAGUAUGGACGCGGCAAGAGUGGCGGGCAGGUGAGGGAUGAGUAUAGGAAUGAGUAUGAUCCUGGUAGGGGGGGUUAUGGAAGGGCCGUGGACGAGUAUCAUGAGGCGCAGUAG